UCGUCUCAAUUCAACAGCCGAGCGAGAGAGUCCCUUAAUUUAGAACCCCAAAAGCACCCAGGAAACCCUAAUCCAAAAGAGAAGUUUGAUUCUGCUAUCCGAUCAUGGCCUUUUCUACUCGCCUUCUCUCCAAAUCUCGUCAGCUUUAUGGUAGUCAAGCUAUUCUGCGAGCUGAUGCUACCGAUCCUGUCCGGUUUUACUCCAAAGAGGCUGCUCCCCCUAGUCUCAAGGGAGACGAGAUGUUGAAGAAUAUCUUUUUGGAGGUUAAGAACAAAUUUGAGACAGCGUUGGGAGUAUUUAGGAAGGAAAAGUUCACCAUCGACCCAGAUGACCCAGCUGCUGUCUCUCAGUAUGCAAAUGUUAUGAAGACAGUUAGAGAAAAGGCUGGCUUGUUUUCAGAAUCUCAGCGGAUCCAAUACACCAUCCAAACACGAACUCGGGACAUUCCAGAUGUUCGAACAUAUUUAUUGACCUUGAAGGAAAUAAGGAUCAAGAGAGGACUCACUGAUGAACAUGGUGCUGAGGCUAUGAUGAUGGAUGCUUUGGAGAAAGUUGAAAAAGAAAUCAAGAAGCCUCUUAUGAGGGAUGACACAAAAUCAAUGGCUAUUCUUACAGCCGAGUUUGAUAAGAUUAACAAGAAGCUUGGAAUCUGGAAGGAAGAUCUGCCCAAGUAUGAGGAACAACUGGAGCUAAAAAUUGCCAAGGCACAAUUAGAGGAGUUGAAGAAGGAUGCUCUGGAAGCAAUGGAAACACAAUCGAAGCGGGAGGAAUUCAAGGAUGAGCAAAUGCCUGAUGUGAAGUCGUUGGACGUCAGGAAUUUCAUCUGAAAAACUCAAAAUUUGCUUUUGGUGGUUCCUGUUUGAAGGUCUGUUCAUGAAUCGGGUAAAUUGUUUAUCAUUUCGCAGUAAUAAUGACGAUGAUAUAAUGACAGUUAUAAUAAAGAACAAGCGAACAGUUAUAAUGAUGAUGAUCAAGUGAUCAACGAUCAGAUUUUAUCGA